AUAUAGGCUAUAGCAAACCCCCACUCUCUCUCACUCUCUGUAAAUAUACCAACUUUUUCUCUCUCUAGACUCAGACCCCUCCAAACGUACACACGCUCGCUCACUCUCUAAAAGUCGCGCUCACACACUAGCACCCUGUGCAGCUGUGCUCACAUUCUCCGAGCCGUUUUUUCCCCAAAACCAGUUUCCCACUCUCUCUCCAACAAACACCCUCUCUCUAUGAAGGGGUGUCAGUUUCACUCACAAACCCAUUUCAGUCUCUCCACUCUCUAACCAACCCAAACACUACCAAUCGCUCGGAGUUUAGGGUUUUUGGUUUUUUAGUUUUUAGUCCUUUUUUUCUGGUUGGGGGCGAAGUGCAAAAUGGAGAAAAAGCAAGGGUUCUUCUCGGCGCUAAAAGAGGAAGUGGUCCGGGGGCUCUCGCCGUCGCGGUCUCGGGCGAACAGUCCGGGCCGGGCCGGGUCUCCCAUGUCGGGUCUGUUCCGGAGAAAGAAAGACCGGAGCCAGAACUACGUGGCGCAUCCGGAGCCGUUGAUCGGGAGAUCCGGGAGUCUCAGGCCGGUGGGGGAGGCGCUGGCGCCGUUGAUGGAGGGGCCGGACCCUGACGGGGAGGGAGUCGGGGAGUCGAAGCGGGCCGGGUCGGGGCUGGGGCAUUGGAUGAAGGGACAACUGGCGAGGACGCCGUCGGUGACGUCGGCAGCGGCGGCGUGCCGGAGGUCCGAUCUGAGGCUGUUGCUUGGGGUGAUGGGCGCACCUCUCGCCCCAGUGCACGUUAACACCACCGACCCUUUUCCUCACCUUAGCAUCAAGGACACCCCCAUUGAGACUUCGUCUGCUCAGUAUAUAUUGCAGCAGUACACUGCGGCUUCUGGUGGGCAGAAGCUGCAGAACUCAAUAAAAAAUGCAUAUGCGAUGGGAAAGGUUCGGAUGGUGGCUUCCGAGUUCGAAACCGCCACUAAGGUGAUGAAGAACCGGAAUGCUGCUAGGUGUGCUGAGUCUGGCGGGUUUGUGCUCUGGCAGAUGAAUCCAGAUAUGUGGUACGUGGAGCUUGCAGCCGGGGGCAGCAAGGUUCAUGCUGGCUGCAAUGGCAAGCUUGUUUGGAGGCACACACCCUGGCUCGGUGCCCACACUGCAAAAGGGCCUGUGAGGCCUCUCCGUCGCGCACUUCAGGGGCUUGAUCCUAGAACCACUGCCAGUAUGUUUGCGGAUGCUAGAUGCAUAGGGGAGAAGAGGAUCAAUGGCGAGGAUUGCUUCAUCCUUAAGCUUUGUGCUGACCCUGAGACAUUGAAGGCCAGGAGUGAAGGCCCGGCAGAGAUAAUUAGGCAUGUCUUGUUUGGCUACUUCAGCACAAAGACCGGGCUUCUUGUUCACAUGGAGGAUUCGCAUCUCACCCGCAUCCAAUCCAAUUGUGGUGAUGCAGUUUACUGGGAAACUACAAUCAAUUCGUUCCUGGAUGAUUACAGGUCUGUUGAGGGGAUCAUGAUUGCCCACUCUGGGCGUUCUGUAGUAACCCUUUUCAGGUUUGGUGAGAUGGCAAUGAGCCAUACCAAAACAAAGAUGGAAGAAGCUUGGACAAUUGAGGAGGUUGCGUUUAACGUUGCGGGUCUGUCGGUGGACUGCUUCAUACCCCCAGCAGACUUGAGAUCAGGGUCCAUCAGUGAGACCUGUGAGCUUCCUCGGGAUGAAAGGGGAAAGGGGGCGAUUGCACUAGCAGCAUAUCGAGCCAAAGUUGCAGCACUGGAGAAAGAACAUGAAAGCUCCGCGGAUAACAUGAUUUGGAAGAUGGAAGUCUAACAAGGGUAGGAUCCAACUAGGCAAAUUGUUUAUAUGGGUAGCUAGUUUUAAUUGACUAACAAUUUUAGAAGUCACAGAGUAGGAGUUCAGUCAGUGUUUUUGGUGAAGUUGGUUUAUGCCUCUAUUAAUCUGUAAAUAGAGAGCAUAAUCAUUCACAGGUUUCUGAGGCCUGGUUGAAUCUUUAUACUCUCAAUGCAGAAUCCAACUAUGGAGUUGGAGCUCAGCUUUCCAUUUAGGGAUAGAGCAAGUGGAGGUUAAGUUUUUAAUUUACCUUCAAUGCAUGGAGGUGGUGAAGCUCUGGUGUAUUAGAGCCGCCAACCUUUUAUAAUUCUACUAAUUCUCUUACUUCAAUGAAUUCCAUGGUGGCGGUAGUAAGGAAGCUGCCCCCAACCAACUUGAGUUUGAUGCUUAAUGACUAGUCUGUUAAUUUUACUUUUUGUCGGUGUGCUAAUCUUUGUGUGGUUGUUUGAUUGAUUUAGAAGUUGUUUCUUGGUUUGGGAAGGAGGGCUUGGUAAAAGAGAUGAACUGUAAUUUCUUUUCUUUAACUGCUGUAACCCCACAUAUUUCUGAUAUGGGUUUCUGGUUGUAUGUAUCAUGGCAUUUUGUCAGUGCUUCUUAGAGAAAAAUUGUAAACAGAAACAUUGUGUCCAUCAGAUAUUGAAUGCUCUUGAAUAUAUAUAGAUCAGCAUCUUUCCUUCA